AUGGACAACCCACCCCUCGCCAACACCUUCGGAACUCUCGGCGCAGUCUGCUGGUCUAUUCAACUCCUGCCCCAGAUCUACCUCAACUGGUCCCGCCACAGUGCAAUAGGCCUCCAGCCCACCAUGAUGAUGUUCUGGGCCUGGGCGGGAGUUCCUUUAGGCGUCUACAAUAUCGUCUCCGACUUCAAUAUUGCGCUACAGAUUCAACCUCAGAUCCUGGCAGUGCUAAGCUUGCUCACCUGGAGCCAAUGCUACUACUACGAGAAGAAGUGGAGCAUUGUGAGGUCUCUGGCUGUUGUCGUGCCUGUCGCGGCUGUAAUGCCGGCCAUUGAGGUGGGACUGGUGUUCGCGCUGAGAGUCGGAUUGACGAGAGGGACGGAGUGGCCGCUUACGCUGAUGGCGGUUCUGGCCGCCUUGUUCUUGGCAUUGGGGGUGCUGAGGCAUUACUGGGAUAUCUACGUGCACCGCACUGUGCGCGGGAUCUCAUUCUUGUUCGUUGGAAUUGACGCGCUUGGAGACCUGACAUCAAUCAUCGCUGUGCUCUUCCAAUCCAAGCUGGACGUUUUAGGCCUGGUAAUCUAUGGAGUAGAAUUGGUGCUCUGGAUCGGUGUCUUGGCUGCUGGAGGCUACUUUAAUUUCAUACCGUGGAUCAAGAAGCACUUGACCAGCAGGAAAUCCAGUGACAGGAGCCGGCCCGAACUUGCCCAUGGAGAACAGGUGCAGAACGUUACCCUUCACGACAUGCCAUCUUCCGCGUCCGUCUUUCGUACACCGUCCUCAGACAUGGAGCUCCGCGAACGAUCCGUUGCAAUGGGAACAUUCCGACAUGAAAUUGGAGCCUCAGGCUAG